UAAGAGAGCUUUGUCGGGGUGGUAUGUGUGUAAACUCUCUGUUUCAUUCCUUCAUUUCCUCGUUUUAAGUUUAGCCACCAUCCACGUGCUGGAAGGGCACGAGGCAGCACUGGGCCACCGUAACUUUGCUUUAAUGUCAUUUGUGGGCAUUUAAUUUCCUUGUUUUUAAUGGAUUUUUUGGUUGUCUAACUGUCUGUACACUCGAGCUUUGAUGGCAUCGUUAUGUCCGGUAGGGAUGUGAUUUUUUUUUUUCCACCCAGCUAACUGACAGAGCAAUGUUGGCAAAACUUUUCCGUAGCGAGCAGGCCAAACGCUACAUGUGGAUGUUCGAACACUUCAAAAUAUUGCUCUUAGCUCAGAAAUGUUUGGUAUCAGGGCAAAGCGUCCAAGAAUGCAGGAUUCAAGAAAAAUCCGCAACACGCACGGUGUGAAAGUUAACAGCGGGUUCCCAGUAUCCAGACCUGAUGUGAGCUCCCAGCUGGAACGAGGGGAAGAGCCGUUGGUCCCAGAUCUCCAGGGCUCGGAGGACAGAGAGAGCAUCUGCACGGCAGGUGAUGGGACGGUGAGUGAGACAAGGGAGCAGAAUCCUAAAGAGGAAGAUACUGAACAAGUGGAACUGCACAGGGCAUCAUCACAAAGAGACAAAGGGAAUGUGCCUGGGAAUUGUGAGCAGGGAGAAGGUUAUGGGCAUCAGCAGAGACCAGAGCAGCAGCUGGGAAACCAGACAGAGGAAAAAGUGGGUAAAUCCAUUAAUUGUUGGGAAACUCACAAAGAUGUCAAGGGAACCCCAGCCCAGCAGAGAAUCCUCAGGGGAAAGAGAAACAACCCAGGCACUGAGUGUGGGGAAAACAUCAGUAGAUGUUCAGACCUUACUAACCAUGAGAGAAUCCAGACGGGAGAGAAACCCUAUGAAUGCUGUGAGUGUGGGAAAAACUUCACUCAGAGCUCAGCCUUCGUUACACAUCAGAGAAUUCACACGGGAGAAAGACCCUAUGAAUGCUGUGAGUGCGGGAAACGCUUUGCUCAGAGUUCAGCCCUUCUGAUACAUCAGAGAAUCCACACAGGGGAGCGACCCUAUGGAUGCUGUGAGUGCGGGAAAAACUUCACGAACAGCUCAGCCCUUAUUACGCAUCAGAGAAUCCACACGGGGGAGAGACCGUAUGAAUGCAGUGAGUGCGGGAAAAGCUUCACUCAGAGCUCAAACCUUACUAUCCAUGAGAGAAUCCACAGGGGAGAGAGACCAUAUGAAUGCUGUGAGUGCGGGAAAAACUUCCCUCGGAGCUCAGCCCUUAUAAGACAUCAGAGAAUCCAUGCGGGGGAGAGACCGUACGAAUGCAGUGAAUGUGGAAAAACCUUCACUGAAAGCUCAGACCUUCUUAUACAUCAGAGAGUCCACACAGGAGAAAGACCCUAUAAAUGCAGUGACUGUGGGAAAACCUUCACUAAGAGAUCAGUCCUUGUUACGCAUCAGAGGAUCCACACAGGAGAGAGACCCUAUGAAUGCUGUGAGUGCGGGAAAACCUUCACUCAGAGCUCAGCGCUUAUUGCACAUCAGAGAAUACACAGAGGGGAGAAACCCUACGGAUGCUGUGAGUGCGGGAAAAGCUUCACUGACAAAUCAGCCCUGAUUGCCCAUCAGAGAAUCCACAGCGGAGAGAGACCCUAUGAAUGCAGUGAGUGCGGGAAAAACUUCGCACGUAACUCAGCCCUGGUUACGCAUCAGAGAAUCCACACAGAAACUCCGCCUGGUGCAGCUUACAGCGAUUCUGAUUCAGGUCUGUGUCUGGUUCCUAACAGAGACCUGUGCCACCAGAGAGAUCGACGCCUAGGCUCCUGUGCAGCGAAUGGAUAGAGAUCGGCACUGCGGCUCCCGUACAGCGAAUGGGGAAGAAACUGGCACCUUGGAAUGGGAUCCACAAACCCUGUCGUGCUAGGUGGCUUCUCCCCUAAGCUAGCCAGGGGAGAGGCCCAUGACAGGGAAAUGCUAAGUCCAAACCUCAGACAGAGAGCGGUGGAUCUCUGCUUCUGAGCCCCAGACUGGGAACCAGACGGCUUAGGUGCCUACGUCAUUUCUUCCGAGAAUGGGGGAGGCACUUGCCUCAUUCCACCCCCAGCAUCCAGGGGAGGAGGCAGGCGUGGUGGCACCCACCAUAUCACGGUUUGCCCAGUGGGCAGAGUAAUUGGUCCCAAACUUUUCCCUAGGACAACCCACCAACCCAGCUGCAGUUUGACUUUUUGGAGACCCGCCAUUAUCCCUUCUCCCCUUCCCAGCUGAUUCCUUGCCCUGCUCCCCUGAACCACCCUGGUGCUCUCCCUCCCCAUCGCCUCUCCGCCCCCAGCCUCUCCCUCCUCUCCCCUGACAGUUGUCGGGGUUUAGGGCCACAAGGGAGCAGCAGAUCAUCUGGGGCUGACCUCAUGUAUAGGAGAAGCCAGAGAACAGGAGGGGCACCAGUGGCUGACGCCCGUGCAGUGGCAGAGACACGCUGAUGCUGAUGUACCCUUGUUGCCAAGGCAUUUGAGAUUCGUUGUCCCAAAUCAGAGGGAAGUGGAAAUGAAUGAGGAAUUUUAUAUCCCCCAGUUGAUAAACGAGGUGGAGGGGUGAAAGUUGAGUGGAACGCCAUCUACAUUUUUGGGAAUUAGAGAGAAAAUGGGGG